AUGCAACGGCUCCCCAUUUCAAACCCUCCUCCCCGCCCCUCCGCCCUUCAUAUACUCCCAUGCCGUGCCGCACUAGCUCCCCAUGUACUCCCACCGCACCUCAUCCAAAAAUACUGUUCACUCAUGGCUUACCCACUAGUCAUCUUCUUACUCUUUCUCUUCCUCCUAUACUGGGUCCAUCUACGCGCCCAAAACCUCCAAACAUAUAUUGUCCACGUCCGCCCAGAUGAACUGCCCGGGGCUUACUUCCCAUUAACUAAGCUCCAUCGGCACCUCUCCUUUCUCGAACAAGUCAUUCUCACAGAAGAAGAAGAAGAAGAAGGAGAAGAAGGAGGAGGAGGAGGAGGAGGAGGAGGCACAGGAACCGCUUCUUCUCGGCUGCUGUACUCGUACCAUACUGCGGCGGAGGGCUUCGCAGCACGUCUUACUGAAAACGAGGCCGCAGCUCUACAGGCAUCGCCAGGGAUCGUGUCGAUCCGCCCCGACCGCCGCUUCGAGCUGCAUACAACCUAUUCCUAUAAGUUUUUGGGGCUAAACAUUAGCCCGGGCGGCGCAUGGGCCAAAUCGGGCCUUGGCCGGGGCUCCAUAAUUGGUGUGCUCGACACCGGUGUGUGGCCUGAGAGUCCCAGCUUCUCCGACCACCAGAUGCCGCCCCUCCCGUCUCGGUGGCAAGGUGUUUGCCAAGACGGAGAGAACUUCAACUCCUCCAGCUGCAAUCGGAAGCUCAUUGGCGCGCGGUUCUACUCUAAAGGCCACCGUGCCAACUACCCAACCAACCCACCGGCUUCCUCAUCCUCGUUGUUGGAGUACAUGUCACCCCGCGACGCACACGGGCACGGGACCCACACAGCUUCGACGGCCGCAGGCACUACAGUGAACGGGGCAAGCGUUUUCGGGCUCGGCACAGGCGUGGCUCAGGGAAUGGCCCCUGAGGCCCAUGUGGCCGUCUAUAAAGUCUGCUGGUUCAACGGCUGCUACAGCUCCGAUAUACUAGCUGGGAUGGACGACGCCAUCCAAGAUGGAGUUGGCAUCCUCUCCCUCUCGUUGGGUGGCUUCCCAAUCCCGCUCUUCGAGGAUAGCAUCGCGAUAGGGAGCUUUCGCGCGACAGAACGGGGUGUGGCAGUCAUAUGCGCUGCCGGGAACAACGGGCCCGUGCCAAGCUCAGUGGCCAACGAGGCCCCCUGGGUCACAACCGUCGGGGCAAGCACCAUGGACCGGCGGUUCCCCAUGUUCCUCCGGCUUGGCAAUGGCCGGAUCCUGUACGGCGAGUCCAUGUAUCCGGGAAACAGGUAUUCAAAAAAUGGGGGGAAGAAGGCGUUGGAGUUGGUUCAUGAAUCUGGCGGGAGCAAAGGCGCAGAAUAUUGUCUUAAGGGCUCUCUUUCCAGAGCCAGAGUGGCGGGAAAGAUGGUGGUCUGCGAUAGAGGGAUCAACGGCCGGGCUGAGAAAGGCGAGGCUGUGAAAGAAGCGGGCGGAGCUGCUAUGGUUCUUGCCAAUGCGGAGAUCAAUUUACAGGAGGAUUCCGUCGACGUACACGUGUUGCCGGCUACCAUGAUCGGCUUCAAAGAGUCGACAGAAUUGAAGAAAUACAUCAACUCGACAAGGCGACCGGUCGGGCAGUUGGUCUACGGCGGCACGACAGUCGGUCGGGCGAGGGCACUCAGCGGAAUCACCGCUCUCGUCCGGUCAGCCCACCCGUCAUGGAGCCCGGCGGCAGUCCGGUCAGCAAUUAUGACGACGGCCGACGUGGUGGACCACUACGGGAAGCCGAUAAUGGAUGGGAGAGACAGAGCAGGGCUCUUCGCGAUCGGUGCUGGUCAUGUGAAUCCGACGAAAGCGAUGGACCCUGGUCUAGUCUACGACAUCGAGCCGAACGACUACAUCACUCACCUCUGCACUCUCGGAUACUCACAUUUGGAGAUCUUCACCAUCGCUCACAGAAACACCAACUGCAACGAAACUCUUCACCGAAACAACAACUUCAGCCUGAACUACCCUUCGAUUUCCAUAGCCUUCAAACAGAACAGCACGAGAGUGAUGAUUCAAAGAAAACUCACCAACGUCGGCACCCCAAAUUCCACGUACGCUGCACAAGUGGUUGCGCCACGUGGAGUGAAGGUGAGCGUCACUCCGGCGGUACUAACUUUUAAAGAGGAAACUGAGAGUAAGAGCUUUCAGGUUCGGUUCAAGUCGACGAAGCGAAUGGCGGUCCAAGGAAGCGCUACUGGAGAGGGGUAUUUGAUAUGGAAGGACACAAGCAAAGGGAAGUAUAGAGUGAGGAGUCCAAUAUCUGUUAGUUGGACUUCGUAGGAAAGAGUGACCUUCCGAGUAGGUUCUAACUCCCAAAAAAUAUGGGUUUGGAGGUGUAUUGAAAGAAGGUAAUAGGAACGAAG